AUGCCAGGCUCCGCGCCCGUGCCCCAGAGCCCGCACUGUGUCCAGGGGCGUCCACUGGGGCGCAGCACGGGCACUGAGCCUCUCUCGGCUACUCUGAGCUGGCCCCCGGAGGCUCCUGUGCGGGACCCCACUCUGGCCGUGACCCCACUUCCGCCGGAGACAGACGUCCAAGGUUCCCUCCGGUCUGGCACCCGCAGAGGCUGCAUCUGCGCCCUGGGGGCUCCCCGCGUGCCACCCCGCCACCUGCUGGCGGGAGCUGGAGCAGCACUCAGCGCGCGAGCCACAGGAACCCCGUCCCAGCGCCCAGGGCGCCGGAGCCUGACGUCCUGCCCCACAGGCCGAAAGCGUUUGGUGACCCCGACCCCCACGGGACCCUUCUCCUACGGCCCCACCCUCCGCAGGGUGGACCACUGGAACAACGAGAAGGAGCGGCUCGUGCUGGUCACUGACCAGGCGCUGCUCAUCUGCAAGUACGACUUCAUCAGCCUGCAGUGCCAGCAGGUGGUCAGGAUCGCCCUGGACGCCGUGGACACCAUCUCCUUUGGGGAGUUCCAGUUCCCCCCCAAGUCACUCAACAAGCGAGAAGGGUGGGGGAUCCGUGUCCAGUGGGACAAGCAGAGCCGGCCCUCCUUCAUAAACAGGUGGAACCCCUGGUCCACCAACGUGCCCUACGCCACCUUCAUCGAGCACCCGAUGGCUGGUGCCGACGAGAAGACAGCCUCUCUGUGCCAGCUGGAGAGCUUCAAGGCCCUGCUGAUCCAGGCUGUUAAGAAGGCCCAGGGGGGCUCCCUGCCGGGACGGGCCAGCAGCGUGCUGGUCCUCGAGCGGCCCCUGCUCAUCGAGACCUACGUGGGGCUCAUGUCUUUCAUUAACAACGAGGCCAAGCUGGGCUACUCCAUGACCAGGGGCAAGAUCGGCUUCUAGCGGGUGCCGCUCCCGCCGGCCAGGCUGCGUGGGCUCCUCGGCCGGGCGCGGCGUGGCACUGAGCCCCGCACUGCCCGGGACCCAAGGGCCUCACGGCCCGUGCCAGCUGGGUCUCCGCCGCCCAGGGCUGCCGUCUCCUGUGGCCGGGCGUCCCGUGUGGCUCCUGCUCCUUCCCGCCCGGCGCCCCAGCAUGUUACCACCCCCCCGUGAGUCCGAGCGCGCCCCGCCGGCACGCCCCGCAGCCUGAGCCCAGACGCCCGCGCACGUGGUGGGGGUCGGAGCCCGGAACCGGCCCCAUAGCUCAGCCCUGAGCAGCUGAGCGGGAGCAUCGCUUCGGCGCGGGAGCGGCUCUGUGUGCCUGCGUCUGGCGUAAAGUCUGCUUCUGACGCUCA